AUGGCUAACUCUCGUGGACAAGAUAGCGAGCAUGACCACUCCGACUUCACUGACAAAUUAAAACAUCCAUUCCAUGACUUGAAAGAAAAACUAAAAGAUACACACUUACAUGAGGAAUUGCAUGAUGCCAAAGUCAACCUCAUACAUAAAAAACAUAAACUUGGAAAGCUUGCAAAUCUUUUUAACCCAGAGCAUCGUCACGAUGAGCAACACGAGAAGGCCUGUGAUGACAAGCGUAACAAGAUUUCCGAGGGACAUCGUUUCAACUCGUAUUUCCCCGAGCGUGAUGGCAAUCUUAUCAAGUGGUACGUCGACGGAAGGGAUUAUUUUUGGGCCUUAUCCGUGGCUCUAGAACAAGCAAAGGAGACAAUCUACAUUGCAGAUUGGUGGCUUUCCCCGGAGUUAUUCCUUCGGAGACCUCCCUACUUUAACCAGGAGUGGCGUUUAGACAGGAUCCUAAAACGCCGCGCUGAAGCCGGUGUAAAAAUAUACGUUAUCGUAUACCGCGAAGUAGAGGCCGCGAUAACUUGCAACUCCGAACAUACUAAACAUGCUCUACAAAGCUUAUGUCCCGAGGGUUCUCCCGGAUAUGGCAAUAUCAAGGUUAUGCGACAUCCUGAUCACAACUUCUUAGAAAAUGCUGCAGAUAUGACAUUUUACUGGGCUCAUCACGAAAAGUUCAUCGUCAUUGAUUAUGCGAUGGCCUUUAUUGGAGGUUUAGACCUUUGCUUCGGUCGCUGGGAUGAUCACCAACACAUCCUCUCGGAUGUCCACCCCGAAGGAGUUGCUAAUGAAGUUUGGCCUGGUCAGGACUUCAAUAAUAACCGUGUUAUGGAUUUCAAGAAUGUCCAGGAUUGGAAACAAAAUGAGCUAAGUAAGGCUGAUUAUGGGCGCAUGCCGUGGCAUGAUGUGGCUAUGGGGGUAAUUGGACCUUGCGUCUACGACAUCGCCGAGCAUUUCGUCCUUCGUUGGAAUUUCAUCAAACGAGACAAAUAUAAACGCGACGACAGGUUCGAUUGGCUGAUGCUACGUGGACGGGAAGGCAAGGAUGAAGAUCUCGUGGGCGUGCAACGACCGAAGCAUCCAGUUGGGGAUUACGUGCUUCAUCCCUUGACGCCUAUGGAGACUAAAAAUCUUGAUAACCGAGGAAGCGUGCAUGCUCAGAUCGUCAGGAGUAGUGCGGACUGGUCUAGUGGCAUAUUGACAGACCACACUAUUCAAAAUGCAUAUUCGGAAAUCAUCCGAAAUGCUCAGCAUUAUGUCUACAUUGAAAAUCAAUUCUUCAUUACCGCCACGGGAGAUCAGCAAUCCCCCAUUCACAACACGGUAGGGAGGGCGAUCGUGGAGGCUUGUGUAAGAGCUGGUAAAGAAGGACGAAAAUUCAGGGUUAUCAUUAUUAUUCCUGCUAUCCCUGGAUUUGCUGGUGAUCUCCGCGACGACGCUGCCACCGGAACACGUGCGAUUAUGGAUUAUCAGUAUAAGUCAAUAUGCCGUGGGGAACAUUCGAUUUUCGAACAAAUUCGCGCGCAGGGAGUCGACCCCACCAACCAUAUUUUCGUCUUCAACUUACGUUCCUAUGACCGCUUGAACAAGACACCCGCCAUCAAAGCACAGGAAGGGAUAUCUGGCGUAAAGUACCAGGAAGUCCAACGUGCUGAAGCAGAGGAGAUUAUGGGCGAAGGCAUCCACGGCUCCGCAGAUGUUGAAGGGGAGCGAGAUGAGCACAUGGGAAAGAAAGAAGAGCAGAAAGAAAUUGACGAGAAUACGAGGAGCAAUGAGGCCAAGCGCCGUUUCGAAGAAGCUAGACAGGAUGGCCACGACACGAAAUCGGCUUCUAGUGUUGCUCACCAUGCCAUGGCAAACACUGGAAAUCUUUCGGAGGAGUUAUGGGAAGGGGAUGCUCAAGAAGAAGUCGAGAAUUGGAUCCAAGAAGAGUUAUACGUCCACGGCAAGCUUCUUAUCGUGGAUGACCGUAUUGUGAUCUGCGGUUCGAGUAAUUUAAACGACCGUAGCCAAUUGGGUAAUCACGACAGCGAGUUAUCAAUUAUCAUGGAAGAUACCGAUAAGAUCCAAAGUGUCAUGGACGGGCAACCAUUCGAAGCGGGAAGACACGCAGCCACCUUGCGACGAUACCUAUGGCGGGAACAUAUGGGACUAUUGCCGCCACAACCUCACGACGCUAGUGACGAUCCAAAUGCUCAACCUCCUGGAGAAAAUUCACCCAAUGACAUCUGGGAUGGAGAUGAUAGCUACAAGUUCGUUGAAGACCCUAUGAGCGACAAGGUCUGGGAUAUGUGGACCACCAAUGCGACAACGAACACAGAAAUUUUCAGACACUUAUUCCAUGCGGAUCCUGAUGACCACGUUAAAACGUUCAACGGCUACAAUACCUUCUUACCGCCUAAGGGUGUCAAGGCUGGGCAUAUUUUCGAUAGGUUCUUGCCUCCUGACGAUAUCCGGAGGAAACUCGACGAGAUCAAAGGACAUCUUGUGUGGAUGCCUCUUGAUUACUUGAAGGAUGCUAAUAUGGCCGAGACGGGACUGCAGGUUAACUCAUGGACAGAAAGUGUAUACACCUAA